AUGUCGCAGCAGCGCAUGCUCCCCCAGAGCAAGGAAACUUUCCUUCAGUCUUACAACAAGAGGCUGAAAGAUGACAUCAAGUCGGUCAUGGAUAACUUCAGAGAGAUAAUCAAAGCUGCAAAGAUUGAGGAAGAAACCCAAGUUUCUCGGGCAACCCAAGGUGAGCAGGACAACUGUGAGAUGUAUGUCAGAGCUGCAAAUAUUGUUCGGGCUGGUGAGUCUCUUAUGAAGCUUGUCUCUGACCUAAAACAGUUCCUGAUCCUCAAUGACUUCCCUUCCAUCAACGAAGCCAUCAACAAUGGGAACCAGCAGUUGCGCAGCCUUCAGGAGGAAUGCGACAAGAAGCUGAUUGCCCUGCGUGAUGAGAUCUCCAUAGACCUCUAUGUGCUGGAGGAAGAAUAUUACUCCUCCGGCUAUAGUCUGUGUGACACCAACAACCUCUCGCUGUGUGAAGCAUAUUGGAGACAGGAGCCAACCACGUCCUCUCCAGGCCUAGCCAUGCCUCUGGUGGCUGCCUUGCAUGGAGCAGACCUGAUGGAGCAGGCCUGA